UUCAUCGACACAGCGACACCGUCACUUUUUUCACCCACCUUGAUUAUGAAUCCCGACCAAAAUAACCCUACAAACAUAUUAAGAUAGCUCCGUUUAUCUAUACUAUCACUAUGGCGUGAAAGCGAACCGCUGUCCUUUUGUUCAUCGACGCAGCAGCACUACCGGUAGAUUUUGUAAAGCUAUUUUUCUUCGUUCUAUCAAGUUCUCCGAGCGAUAAACUUCGUCUGUGGAAGUGGUACUUUUUGUCGACAGAAAAGUUUUAUUUUCCGCACCAGGAGCUGCACCUCAUCCUCAGUCAUCAUGUCCUCCAAGCUUGACAUUCUUGCGCGGUACGCCGGGGGCGGAGCCGGUGCACAGAACAGCAGUGGCAAGGAGAAGGGCCACAAGAAGCAAAAGGCAGAAAAGAACAUCAUGCUGAGGGUGCGCGACGAGGGCGACAUUGAUGACAUGCGGCGACAAAAGCCGAAGAAAAAGCGGAAGCGCGAAGACGAGCUCGGGAUGGAUCUGGAGCGCGGCGACGUGCAGAUCGUGAAUAGUGCGGAUCUGUUGACGGCGCAGAGUCGCAUUAAAGAAAACAAGAUUCUGACCAGUGUGUUUGACCCCGAUUCAGCUGCAAUAAACGAUCGCGGAACAAACAACAAUACCUACCGCGAGGACCGCAACGCGGACGCGGUUGUUUCGAACUUCCGGGCGAGAAACAAGAGGGAGCAUAUGACAACAAGUACAACAAACAUUGAAAAAAAGAAAUCUCCUGUUCGCGGCCGGGGUGCAGUGGUCGGCCACCGGGCGGAAAGCGACAGCGACGCGUCCGUUCCACGUGAGAGACCCGCGGGCAGGAAUGAACGAAUCGCAAAGAAAGAAAAUGAUUCCGAUAGCGACGUGAGCUUACCGAGAGAGCGACCUGGUGACCUGACAUCAAAGCGCGGCCGCAAGGAGACCGUAUCGGACAGCGAUGCGAGCCCGCCCCGCGAAAAUAAAGCGAAAGCAAAUUCGUCACCUCUGCCUCCUGCUUCCCGUGGUCGCGGAGGAGGACCCCGUUCCGAUAACGACGCCAGCCCGCCCCGGGAGCGGUCGUCCGCAGGGCAGAAGGCGGGGAAAGAGCAGCAGGGUAAGCACAGCGCGCGGGGGUCUGAGUCAGACAGCGAUGCCAGCCCGCCACGAAGUAGAGGGCCUGCUGCGAACGGUGGAGAAGUAGUAGAUGAUGCGCAAAAGAAGCAAGCUGCUGCUCAACAGGAGAAUGAUUCCGACAGCGACGUGAGCCUGCCACGGGAGAGGCCAGCAACGACGGCAGCUGCACGACAGGAGCAGAACGACAACGACAGCGAAGAUCAUAAAGCGAAAAAUAAGCGAAGAAAAGGGUCUGGUGCGGGGGCCGCUGAAGAUAAAAAAGACGGCGCCGACAGCGACAUCCUGAGUUCGUCGGACAGCGAUGUUAGUUUGCCCCGCGAAAGACCAGCUGGAGCUGGUCCGGCCGGCAGCACGGGAGACAAAGCAUCACCGAGGCGGCGCGCUGCGAGCGACAGCGACGCCAGUCCUCCGCGCGAGCAGGGGCGAAAAGAAGCCGAAAAUUCGGAGGAGGCGGGGGACACGCGCGUGGGGCACUGGAAGGCGGGGAUCAUGACAAACGAGGACAUCCAGAAGCAGAACGCGGAAAUUGCGCGGCGCAAGGAGAUUGAGCGCGAGCGCGCGGAGCGGAUCCACAAGGCCAACCAGCAGCAGACCAAGUUCCGCGACGCUCAGGGCCGGCUCAUUUCCGCGGAGGAAUACAAAAAACAGCAGGAGCGGAAGAAGCGCAAGCAGUACGACCGCCAGGACGCGUCCAAGUGGGGCAAGGGCCUGGAGCAGGAGCGACGCCAGGAGCAGAGGCGGGAAUACGAAAAACGCGUCGGGGAGGAGGAAACCUUCGCCCGGCACACGAUCGACGAGCACUUGUCGGCGGAGAACAAGGCGAAGGACCGGUGGGACGACCCCUUGGCCGAGUUCGAGGCGAAGCACGUUGCGGGGGACGCGGCCGCGAAGAAGACGUCGAAGAACAAAGAUGGAACUCCCGCAACAGCUCCAGCUGCACCGCCUCCUCCUAAGCCGAAGUGCAAAUUUGCGAUGCCCACGAAUCGGUACAACAUCAAGCCGGGGUACCGCUGGGACGGAAAGAUCCGCGGGACCGGGUUUGAAGAAAAUAUGUUGGCGGCCAUGAAUCACGCACAGCAGCGGCAAGCCGCGAAGGACCUUUGGGAGAGGCGGGAAUGGUGAGUGCGGUGGUGGAGUAGACAUGGUCUAUAGUCAUGCAGCUGAUGUUGAUAAUCUGUGUGCAAGACGUUCCCGUGCCAAACGACAAUGAGGGUGUUGUAAGUCGUAAGAGCUGGCACUUGUUACAAUACGACAGUGGCCGAAGUGAUUUGCAGUUCCACGUUCUAUAAUGGAUGAUGAUGAGCUUGAGCUCCAUCUGCUUCGGCCGCAUCAAAAAGGGAGCGAGGAUGAAAAGACGUUUCAGUCAAUCAAACGACGCUACAGCCAUGAACCGCGACAUAAAAUUUCUUCAACUUAUUCUCAAUCAUAACGAGGAUAUCUUCAAUAAAAAACUAGAAUAGCAUAGAUUAGCGGACCAGGCCUGGGACUGCUAGCGCGCGAC